CAGAACAAGAAAGCAUCUGAUUGGGCAGAUUAUUGACUGCAUUGCUGGUUAUGAUCGCGAGCAUAAACUUUGAUCGGAGCUUCAGUGUGUAAUGGCCUCUCUGAUUAAACACAUCUCACCGUGGAGAUUUGCAAGAUUUGUCCGAUCGAGUAAGACCGCGUUCAUACCGUGUGUUCAGCUGCACAGGACUGCAGUAAUGGGAGCAUCAGUGGAGGAUUUCAACAAGGCCAAGGACAAGCUCAACACUCUGAAGAAGGAUCCGGGCAAUGAAGUCAAACUCAAGAUCUAUGCGCUCUUUAAACAGGCCACAGUAGGACCCUGCAACACCCCCAAACCCGGUAUGCUGGACUUUGUGAAUAAAGUGAAAUGGGAUGCGUGGAAGGGUCUGGGCUCCAUCUCACAGGAGGAGGCCCGGCAGCAGUAUGUGGCUUUGAUCUCGUCUCUGGUGGGAGCAGAAGCCCCUGCAGUGGCAGCACAACCCACCGGAGGAGGAAAGACCUUCCAGACGCUGCUGGUCUCCACAGAGGACAACAUCACCACCAUCAGACUCAACAGACCUGACAAGAAGAACGCCAUCACUGUCGAGAUGUACAAUGAGCUAAUUGAAGCUCUGGAUCUUGCUGGAAAAGAUGAUUCAGUCAUUACCGUGAUGACAGGUAAUGGAGAUUAUUACUGCAGUGGAAACGACCUUAACAACUUUACCAAGAUCCCUGAGGGUGGAGUAGAGAAGAUGGCCAAAGAAGCUGGAGAGUUACUGCGGAGGUACGUGAAGGCAUACAUUGACUUCCCCAAACCUCUGAUUGGAGUUAUUAACGGGCCUGCGGUUGGCGUUUCGGUCACUCUGCUGGGGCUUUUCGAUGUUGUUUAUGCCACAGAGAAGGCGACGUUCCACACACCCUUCAGUCAGCUGGGUCAGAGUCCAGAGGGCUGCUCUUCAUACCUGUUUCCCAAAAUUAUGGGUGCAGCUAAGGCCAGUGAGGUGCUGCUGUUUAAUAAGAAGCUGAGCGCCACACAGGCCUGUGAGCUGGGUCUGGUGUCAGAGGUGUUUCCCGAAAGCUCAUUCCAGUCAGAGGUGUGGAGCAGACUGAAGGCCUACGCCAAACUGCCCAAAAAUUCUCUGGCUCUGUCGAAGCAGCUGAUCCGCGGUUUGGAGAAAGAGAAGCUUCACGCGGUGAACGACGCAGAGGUGGAGAGACUGACGGAGCGCUGGCUCUCUGAUGAAUGCAUGCAGGCCAUCAUGAGCUUCUUCCAGGGCAAGUCCAAACUCUGAGGAGAGAUGCGCGUAAAGAAACACACAGCUAACCUUCACUUUUCUUAAGUUAACCCUAUGCCAACUCAGUUCCUGGAGGGUCGCAGUGUAGUUUCUAACCCUAAUUAAAUACAGCAGAUUAAACUAAAUCUCUAUGCUACAAACACCAGGAAGAACUCUCAGUACUCAACAGUGUUUUUCGUCCAGAUUUGUAUAAUAUUGCUAAAUGUAAUCAUGGCAUAAGGCAGGGAAUUUUAUAAUUCUGUCAUUUAACUUUAAUAAUAAGAUUAUGUAAUAUACAGUAUUUUAACACACAACGAACCAUCUGUUUACUGUAGCAGAACUCAGUGCCUUACUAAUGUCAGCGCAUUCGUAUUUUUAUCUGAGGGCCAAAAUACUGUAUGUUCCAUUGCAGACGUGUGAACAUGUUAUCAUCCGCACUUGAUUUAGUCUUGUAACAUAUUGUUGGAAAUAAAAUUUUAAUAUAA